ACGGUUUUUAUAUCAAACACACCCCGCUGCACUCAGACACGGAGAUGAGCAGCUUGCUGUUCGCUUGUUUAUUCAAAGUUUAUAAACGUGUUUAGUGUUUUUGGUUUUUGGUGCUGAUGUUUUGUAGUUUAAAUCGUUGAAGUUAAAACUACCACCGGACCAGUUUACGGCAUGUCGUGAAGAGGAGCGCGAGAGGAGGAAACCAGUACACGUGCUGACAGCAGCAGCAGCAGCAGCAGCAGCUGUGGUCCGUCACAUAUUCGGUGAAUCUGAUUGUAUAAGUCAACACUAAAAAUACAUUUAAGAAAAUAUCAUCUUUGCAAGACCUCGAGCUGGAAAAGUAUAACCGUGUAUCAGCGUUCACCUGUCCAGCAAGAGACUGUGGUGAUGGCUGACCCUCCCUACAGGGAGGAGGAGGAGGAGGAGGAGGAGGAGUCUUCAUCCCCGGUGGUUGGUGUCAGUCUGUGUGACUCGGCCCCCCUGCUGUGGAGGGUGGAGGACCUGCGGACAGUGAGGUCUCAGGGUCUGGUGGGGGCGCUACUGGGUUCACUGGCCCGAACCCCCCGACAGAACACCCGACUGGGCCGCCCGCUGCUGCUGCUGCCGGAGGAGGAGAGACUGCUGACUGAACGCCACGCUGCCGCCGCCCUGCCGCCUGGACCACCGUGUCAGCAGGAUGGAGGAGGGGCGGAGCUCCGUCAGCAGGUGGAUAAGUACGAGGAGGACCAGCAGAGGAGUUAUGAGGAGCAGAGUGUCCUCGCUCUGGAGGACAGGAAGUCAGCGCUGCUCAGAGCCAUGAGCUCAUCACACGCAGGUGCAGAGCCUGAAGCUGAGACCGCAGACGAGGCCCUGAAGGGCCGCCUGGAGGCCCUGGACCGAAGCUUUACCUUCCCUCGGUCAGGGUUAGCGGUCCAGCUGAGCACGGCGAGGGCGGGGCUAUCCUACUGCCCCGAGGCCCGGGCCUUCCUGCAGGCCGAUUGGCCAAUGAGAGGGCCGGACGACCCGCACUGCGACGCCAGGUACCAGGUGUUCAGAGACCUGAGGGGGCGGGGCUUCUACCUGACCUCAGCGGGGAAGUUUGGAGGAGACUUCCUCGUCUAUCCAGGUGACCCUCUUCGUUUCCACGCUCACUUCAUCGCUGUCUGUCUGUCUCUGGACGAGUCCGUCUGUCUGCUGGAUGUCCUCGCCGUGGCUCGUCUGGGAUCGAACGUCAAGAAGACCGUCCUGCUGUGCUCGCCGGGGACAGACGGAGGAGUGGCGUACACGUCCUUACAGUGGAGCGGGAUGGUUUAAAUAACCGACCAGAAGGACUUUGUUGUUUGUUCCUGCUUGUACGUCCUGCGUUCAGGAACGUGACACUCUGAGGAAAAGGUUCAAGCUGUCACUUUGUUGAGGACUUCCAAGAGCCUCUUUCAGGACCCCUGCAGGUCCCCGGGCCUGGGUUUGGGAACCACAGCUGGAGGUCAGAAGCUGUUAAAAACUGAGAGACAAGAAAACACUGAGCAGGUUUUACUGUGUGGAACCGGCAGUGAAACCCAGAAGAACAACAAGCCAACAUCAGGAUACACACAACGAAUAAAUGAAUGGUUCAUAUUAUCACAUACAAUAUGAACAACAUAAAAGCAAAGAGUGAACAAUACAGCUGCAUUUAAGUACACAAAUAGUCGUAAACUGCAUGAAAAACGGAUUACUGGUUGUUCUCUGGGACUCACACAAUAAAAUGGAGAUUCCAUGUGCACAAUGUACCCGUAUGGAAGAUUAAGAGUGCCAAAGAAAUAAAGUGGAACUCAUGUUGUUACAUAUAUUUCCUUUUCAUGUAUUAUGUAGAGCUGCAACAGUUAUUGUUGUCCUCGUAUUGCCUGUUUUGUUCAACCAAAACAAGUAAAAGCAGAAAAUUCUCACAUUUGAGAAUCUUGAAACAUCAAAUAUUUUGCAUUUCUGCUAAAAAUUUUCUGUCAAUCAGCUAAUUGAUUAAUGGUCGCAGCUCUACAGUCUGUGGUUGAUCCUUGAAAACCGUGAUUUGAAAUAAAGUUGCACCUGAGUCUUUA